AAUCGAACUAGUUCGUCCGUGAGCCAAACAACCCUACGUGUCAGUCUCAUGCGUCGGUGUAAAUAGUUUUUUUAAUAUUUCGGCAUAUAAAGUCGUAAGCCUUUGGCCAGGUGCCAAACCAUCAGCUGGAGCUGCAGUCGCCGCCGCCGCCACAGCGAAGAGAAGAAAAGUGGAAAAAGACCACACACCAGACGAGACUCGACUCGACUCCAGACUGGCAGCAAAUUGAAGAAAGGCUGCGCGCUGAUAAUCUUUGUAUAUAGCCCAGACUACUACCUACACAUAUAGGCGGUAGCAGCAUCGAUGGCGGGUCAAAAGUUCCAAUAUGAUGAGAGCGGCGGAACGUUCUACUACUUUGUGCUAUCGUUCUUGGCCCUAAUAUUGAUACCAACGACGAUUUACUAUUGGCCACGUAAAAAGAAAGAAGAUCCCGGCAAGCGCAAUGAAGAAUGCCAGUGCGACGACUGCAGGAAAAAGAAGACAAUUCUGGCCAAUGCCGAGCCAUACAGAGCCCUCAGGUCGUGGACCAUCAAGCUCGUCAUAGUGCUGGGCUGGGCCCUGCUGCUAUUCCUCACAUAUCGGGUCUCGCAGUUUGACUAUGAAAUGGCCAGCUUCGAUCCCUUUGAGAUACUCAAUGUACCGCCCACAUCCUCGCAGGCUGAGAUCAAGAAGGCCUACUACAGGCUGUCCAAGAUACUGCAUCCGGAUAAGGAGACGGGCGACGAGAAGUCGUUCAUGAUGCUCAGCAAGGCCUACCAGGCCCUCACCGACGAUGUGGCCAAGGAGAACUAUGAAAAGUACGGCAAUCCAGAUGGCCCCGGUGCCAUGUCCUUUGGCAUUGCCCUGCCCUCGUGGAUUGUGGAGAAGGAGAACAGCGUGUGGGUGCUGGGCCUGUACGGUCUCGUCUUCAUGGUGGCCAUGCCCUCGGCCGUGGGCGUCUGGUGGUACCGUUCCAUACGCUUCAGCGGCGACAAGGUGCUCCUCGACACCACCCAAAUGUACUUCUACUUCAUCCACAAGACCCCGCACAUGCUGCUCAAGCGAGCCCUGAUGGUGCUGGCUGCCAGCUUGGAGUUCGACAAGCGACACAACUCCCAGGUGACGGAGCGACAAUCGGACAACGACGAAGUUCCAGCGCUCAUCCGCCAGCUGCCUAAUCUGAACGAGAAGUGCAAGGAGCAUCCGCUCUGCCGCAUGUACUCCAUCAAGGCGCGCGCCAUCCUGCAUGCCCAUCUCUCACGGAUGACCCUCCACCCGGAUACACUGGAGCGCGAUCGUCAGUUCAUUGUGAAGAAGUGCCCGUAUCUGGUGCAGGAGAUGGUCUCCUGUGUGCACCAGCUAGUGAUGAUGGCGUAUGCCAGGCGUGUGCCACGCCUGCCCAGCAUCGAGACCAUCGAGAACUGCAUGAAGAUGUCGCCGAUGAUCAUCCAGGGCCUGUGGGAGUUCAAGUCGCCGCUGCUGCAGCUGCCGCACCUGACCGAGGACCAUCUGUACUUCAUGAACAAGAAGCGGCACGUGAAGAAUCUGCAGCAGUUCGCUCAGCUGAAGCCGGAGGAGGGCCGCACGCUGCUCAAGAAUCUCACAGAUUUCGAGUAUGAGAAUACCAUGAAAGUGCUGGGCAAAAUGCCCCUGAUCGACUUCUCCAUACGCUGCGAGGUCAUUGACGACGAGAACACCAAUGUAGUCACCGCCGGGGCCAUUGUCACGGUCACAGUGACGCUUGAGCGCAAGGACAUGAAGACUCUGUUCGGCGAUACGAAGGCACCCGAGAAGCAGGGCAUCAACGAUGAGGCCAACGAAGAGGCUGCUGGGGAUGACGACGAGGCUGCGGCCGCUGCUGUGCCCGUCAAGAAGGCUUCGGCCUGGGCCAAGCCCCGCAAGGGUGGCAAGGGCAAGGGCGGCAAAAAGCCCGCCAACAACCAAAAGAAGAAGGUGCCGCCCAAGGCGGCCAACGUGGCAGCGACUGCGUCGACAUCGGCCGCAGCGUCCGAGGAGCAGGCCGCCAACUCCGAGGCAGAAUCGGAUGGCGGGGAACACAGCGAUGUUGAAUCGGUCGCCGGCAGCGUCAGCGAGGACGACGAGAAGCAGAACAAGAACAACUCUUCGCUCGACGACGACGAUGACGAGGAGUGGGAGCGCCUGCAGCAGAAGCUGAACAAGCGCGAGCGUCUCGAGGGCAAGUCGCGCCUAUCGCACACCGUCCACUGUCCCUUCUUCCCCGAGGAGAAACAAGAAUACUGGUGGACCUACAUCUGUGACCGCAAGUCGCGCACGCUCCUCACGGCCCCCUACCACGUCACGAACCUGGUCGAGAAGGAGGAGAUCCAGCUGAAGUUUACUGCGCCGCGUUGGCCUGGCGUCUACACAUUCACAGUGUGCCUUCGAUCGGACUCUUACCUGGGCAUGGAUCAGCAACAAGAGCUUAAGCUGGACGUGCAGAAGGCGCCAGCACCACCGACAGACCAUCCCCAGUGGGAUCUAAGCGAGUCCGAGCCGGAGCACAACGAUCAGCAAGAGAAUCUGAGUGACUACACGACAGACACGUCCGACGAGGAGGAGAGCGACUAGAGAGCGACCGAGCAUAGCAUGACAGUGACGAAUCGCAACCGCAAUCGCGGCUGCUGAUGCCCCUGCGAGUGAAUAUAAUAUAUAUCCCUCCUUUCCGCAGAGAUAUAUGCAGCAGAAACAAACAGCAAACCCUUUCCCCCGCCCUGUUUUCCUUUUAGUAAAUGAUUUUCGCGUGGCGAGAGCCCCCUCGCAUUUUGACUAGUUUUAUAAUGGAAAAGACCCCGAACUAGAGCGUAAAUAAUUAUAAACUUCAUUUUACCGUGUACUGUACUAAACAUAAUUAUAAUGUACUGUAUAUUUAGUUAUUUGGAUACAAAAACUAAAAUGAGAAACGUAAAUCAUGUACCCGUUCGUUUACUGAAUAUUUUUGUGGUCAAAAAAACACUGAAAAAAAUAAUAAUAAUUUCCAAAAUAAAUUCGAAGCGCAAACGA